UCACUUUUCUCAGUGUGGUCGUAACUCCGAACCAUCACUAAAUGAAUGGUUGUUAAGUCGAGAACUACCUGUAAUGUUCCUCGUUUUUCAAUUCACAAUUGAAUUGGUUAAGUGUUAACGUUGCCAAUAUUUAGAAAGUUAAAAUGGGAAUUCUCCUUUUAUCUGUUUUCCUCAAGAAUAUGUGGAGAAACCCUUAAAACUUGUCUUGAAAGUGGGAGGAAACGAAAUCGCAGAACUAUCUACUCAGAGCUCAGUGCACGAUUCGUCCCUGUAUGACGACAAAAGUGAACAUGAAAAACACAAAGACAAGAAAAGAAAGAAAAGGAAAAAAAUGGAAAAACAAGUCCCCGGUGAGGAAAAGGAAAAAAGAAAGAGAAAAGUAAAGGAAGAUAAAAAGAAGCGAGACAGAGACGCUGUUGACAGCGAAGGAGAAAGAGAACUGAAAUGCCAGUCUCCUUUAAGAUUGGAAGUGCCGCUUGUGAAAUCGCUAGCAAGCAGUUUAGCAAAGCAGGAAGAAGUGGAACAGACACCCCUUCAAGAAGCUUUAAACCAGCUUGUAAGACAACUGCAGAGAAAGGAUCCCAACGCUUUCUUUUCAUUUCCUGUGACGGACUUCAUCGCUCCUGGUUACUCCAUGAUCAUUAAACGCCCAAUGGAUUUUAGUACUAUGAAAGAGAAGAUAAAGAAUAACGGUUACCAAUCCAUUGAAGAGCUAAAGGACAAUUUCAGACUGAUGUGUACCAAUGCUAUGGUCUAUAAUAAGCCGGAGACUAUUUAUUACAAGGCUGCAAAAAAGCUCCUACAUUCCGGAAUGAAAAUACUCAGUCAGGAACGGAUUCAGAGUUUGAAACAAAGCAUUGACUUCAUGGCAGACCUUCAGAAAAGCAGGAAACAGGCAGACAAAACCGGCUCGCAGUCUGGGGGAGAAGAGGAGGACGGUCUGGGGAAAGAUGGAGACUGCACAGACCCAGACCUCAGAGCCUUUAAAAGUCCCAGCAAAGAGUUCAAAAAAAAAGAAAAAGAUCUACUGGAAGAAAAAAUCAGGAAUAGUAAUUUAGAGAAGGAACAAGAACUGAUCGAACGUAUAAUUAAAGAUUCAGGGGGAAAGUUGACCAAACGUUCUGCAAACACGCAGUGUGAGUUUGAGAGAAGAAAACCUGAUGGCACAACCACUCUGGGACUUCUUACUCCAGCUGAAAAUCUAGCAGGAGAAAUGGGUCCCAUCUCUGUGAAAUUGGGAGCAGCCGCUGGAAGACUUCAGUCGGGGGUCAAUACUUUACAAGGGUUUAAGGAAGACAAAAGGAAUAAAGUAACCCCAGUGAUGUAUUUGAACUACGGGCCUUUUAGCUCGUAUGCUCCAGCCUACGACUCCACGUUUGCAAACAUCAGCAAGGAUGAUUCAGAUUUAAUCUACUCUACUUAUGGAGAAGAUUCUAAUCCAGGAAUUUUCAACAUCAGCGAGUUUUUGGCAAAGUCCCACGAUUACCCUGGUCUCAUGGCUGACAGCUUGCUGGAUGUCUUGACGCAAGGCGAGCAUUCCCGCACUCUUAAAGAACUCGAGACGAGCACAGAGGAAACAGAACACUUACAGAAAAAGACGGAUACAACGAAAGACAUAGAGAUAAUAGACAAAGAUCCAGCCAACGUUGAUUCUGGCCUUAGUAAAGAAAGGCUUACGGCACUGAAAGCGGUAACCAAUUUUGGGGUGCCUGCUGACGAAUUUGAUUCUGAAGAAGCUGAAAUAUUUCAGAAAAAGCUUGAUGAAACCACAAAAUUAAUUUGUGACCUUCAAGAUGCCCAAAAUGAACGGCUGAGUACAAAACCACCGCCUAAUAUGAUUUGUCUCUUGGGCCCAUCUUACAAGGAAAUGCAUUUGGCGGAAAAGGUGACCAAUAAUCUGAAAGAGCUGGCACAGCAGGUAGCUCCAGGUGACAUUGUCAGCACCUAUGGAAUCCGCAAAGCAAUGGGGAUUUCGCUCCCAGCUUCAGAAAAAACGGGCAGCUUUGUGGAUUUCACAGAGGAGAUACAAGACUCUCCCAAGGCUGUCAUUCUCAUUGAAAAUGAAUGUGAACCAGUUGCUGUAUGAAGCAUCCUUAUUAAACAUUCCCUCUUCGGUGGCAGAGGGGUAAAACUUGCCCCAUUGCAUGCACAAGCUGUUUGUAUACUUUUAUCUGUUACAUAUUUGAAUUCCUAAUAAAACUAUU